CUAAAGUAUUCUGAUCUAUGUAAGGAAGGAUAAAAGCAAGAUGCCGCUUUAUCAAACCAGAACCAUAGCAUCCAUUCUGGAACCAGUAGCUCAACAGGUGAGCAAGCUGAUAAUCCUGCAUGAGGAGGGGGAGGAUGGUAACUCUAUGCCUAACCUGGAGAUACCGGUCCAAGCAGUUAGUAAGGCAGUCUCAAAUCUUGUUAGGGUUGGUAAAGAAACAAUUAGCUCUUCUCAAGAUAUGAAGAUGAAAAGUGAGAUGCCCAAGUCCCUGAGCACUAUAGAGAAGGCAGCUAAUUGUUUAGAGGAAGCCAGUAAUGAUCUCAACUCAGACCCAUAUUCUCAAAGAGGGAGGGAUAAGCUGAUAGAAGGGUCCAGGGCUAUACUGCAGGGAACUACUGCUAUGCUGAUCAGCUUUGAUGCAUCCCAAGUAAGAAAGUUGUGUCGUGACUGUAAAAAGGUUUUGGACUAUCUCGCAAUCUCGGAGGUCAUUGAGACCAUGGAGGACCUCGUGCAAUUCGUCAAGGACCUCAGGGAUGGAUUAGGACAGCACCUUGAACAGAUGAAGACCUUGGCCCCAAUCCUAAUCUGUUCUAUGAAAAUAUUUAUUCAAAUCUUGAACCAGGAGGGUAAGGGAACGGAGGAGGCUGUUGAAAACAGGAACUACCUGGCUCGGAGGAUGACGGAGGAGAUAUCGGAGGUUAUUAAAAUAUUAGAGGAAUCUACCCAAACCGACACCUCUGCCCGGUUACUAAACGGAAAUGGAAUUAAUCUCGCGGAUUUAUCCUUCCACGAGAUUAUGAAGAGGGUAAAUAAUCUUGUUUCCAACAAAACUGAGAUUAGCCGUGAUAUUGUUCAACAUAUUCUAGAUAUGGCACAUAAGAUUGCCGAAUGUUUUGAUGGUUCAGCUCGAACAGAAAUUAUUCAGGCGUGUAGGGAGGUAGAGAGGUCUGACCGGCAGAAUACAGCUACAGCACUGCUCAAUCUUGAAUUUAGAAUUAACGAGGCCGUCAUAAACCGAAUUAUCCAGGAUAUGGCCGANUUAAAUGAUUGGGAGCACAUGUUUUCAAACCACAAAAUACGGAUUUACUGCAAGUCUAGUGGCUGCUAUACUACUAAUAAUCUGUAUUUAGUUGAACAGAAAGGAUUUGUAUUAAAACAGUUCUCCGGAAGACUAUCUAAGACUGCAAGUCUAGUUGCCGCUGCGAACGCAAGGAAUAAGAGAAGAUCGGAAAGUUUAGUUCAUCUCUCAACACAGGUAGAACAUUUGACCCCUCAGCUAGUGAACGCUGGAACCAUCAAGAUGACCUACCCAGAGAAUAAAGCAGCUGACGAGAACUUUGAAAAUCUACGAAAACAAUAUGCAGCGGGUGUACAGAGCAUUAGGUAUAUAACGAGGGGAAAAUAUAAAACGGAUCAAAAAUAUUCAUUGGUAACCUUAAUAGAGGAUAUAUCGCUGAAGAAGGAAGUUAACCAGGCCGCUGACCGACUCAAGGCUGUCAUUGCCCCCUUCGUUGAAAGCAGUAAACUCAUGGCAAUUAAUAUGUCAGAUCAGAAUCAGUACGCUAGAUGGCAACAGUGUGCCUCUAACCUUCAAGAAAUGGUACAACAGGUUCGAAAACUAUUUCUGGACCUGAACAUGUUUGGUUUGGACUCGGAGCGGGGCGGAGGCCGAAUACCGAUCCCUCCGCCACCCGUACCUCCUCUACCCACCUCCGUAGAUAACUCCGCCCCACCCCGGCCUCCGCUGCCGCAGGACGUUGUUCCGGCUCCGCCCCGACCUCCUAGGCCGGAUACGGAUGAUGAAGAGGGGUUAUUUACCACUGAGCCGGGAUCUAACCGGCCGAUACAUAUGGCGGCGCAUGGACUUUACCAGGAGGUCAAACAGUGGGAUCACACGGACAACGAGAUCAUCGCCGCUGCGAAGAAGAUUGCUUACCUCAUGGCUCAUCUCUCAGAGCUCAUCAGGGGAGGGAAGGGGACCAAGAGGGAGCUCAUUGCAUGCGCUAAAAUCCCAACCUUGGGAACCCAGCUGCGCGUGUUGUCGACGGUGAAGGCGACAAUGAUGGGUCAGAACAUGGAUAGCGAGGAGGAUCAGGAGGCCAUGGAUAUGCUCGUAUUCAAUGCACAGAAACUUAAUCAGGCUGUAAAGGAGACAGUGCGUGCAGCUGAAGCAGCGAGUAUACGGGUCAGAAGCGACGCAGGCUUUAAACUCAAGUGGGUCAGGAAGCAGCCUUGGUUCCAAUAGGUCUUCUUCACCAUCCAAAUUCAGCUGAUCAGUUAAUGAUUGGAUCACCUGAUGAUGUUGUUAAUCUUAUCAGCUGUUAAUCAGCUGUUGCGUUCAUGGUUGGAUCAGCUGAUGAUGUUGCCAAUCUUAAUAGCUUUUCAGUUCAAGAUUGUAUCAGCUUUACAACUGUUGUUUUAAACAGAGUCAGUCAAAACUUAAAUUUGAAACAAAAUCAAGUUUUUUGUGUAACUGACUGGGAAUUUGAAUUCUAAUAAUUUGAAUCAGCUGAUUUUUAUGACUAAAUCAAAACUUAAUAAAAAAGUAACUUUGUCAAAAUUUCUAGUCAUCAGCCUUUUCUGUUAGAAACAAAAUAAACAAAAUUUUUCUAAAUGAAAUCUGAAAUCAGUGAUUUUUAUUUAAUUGCUUAAACCACAAAAUGUCUUCCAUAACUUUUGUUAGACCUUAACUGUAUCAAUAAAAUAGAAAUUUUAA